AUGCACAAAACAAAAACUUUGUUAAGGUUGAGUGGGUAUCUGACCCACACAUUCAUCUUCCAUUUCAUCGGGGGCACUGUGGUCUUCUUCUUAGUAGUGAUAGCAGCUGAUGUGUAUGUGGCCAUCUAUAAGCCAUUGCACUACCUGUCUAUCACGAACAGAAGUAUGUGCAUGAGGCUGCUGGCAGGGGCAUGGCUGAGUGGCUUUGUUCAUUCCAUUGUCCAGCUUGCACUGAUCAUCCAACUGCCCUUCUGUGGACCCAACACACUAGACAGUUUCUACUGUGAUGUCCCCCAAGUCAUCAAACUGGCCUGCACAGACACAUAUAUAAUGGAGUUUCUGAUGGUCUCCAACAAUGGGCUGGUCACCACAGGAGCCUUCAUCGAAUUGCUUAUAUCCUACACCAUCAUCCUUAUCAAGAUAAGGACACAUGUCAUGGAAAGUAAGCACAAAGCCCUGUCCACCUGCGCAGCUCAGAUUACAGUGGUGAGUUUGCAUUUUGGGCCUUGUGUCUUCAUCUAUGACCGGCCUUUCCAGAAUCACGUGGACAAGGCAGUGUCUGUGCUGUACACAGUGGUUACUCCAAUGCUGAACACAAUGAUCUACACUCUGAGGAACACUGAGAUGUAA